UUUCUAGACUCGCUUAGCGAUUGCAACACGUCACAGCUCGGAAAAAACUAAACACAAAAGAAAAAUAAAAAAAUCUGCUGCUCUUAUUUUUGGCAUUGCAUAUGCGUUCUAUUUUCCUUAAUACACUACACACAUUGCAAGUGCAACAUUUUCCACAAAAAUGAGAGAGGACGAGCACCAUUCUGAGAGGGAACAAGCUGAGAUUGAGGCGGAAGAAGAACAGGAAAUCUUCGAUGACGGCACGGAAUACACCGAGCCCGGAGAGCAGAAGGUUGAUAAGCCAUCGAAGGAUGAGAAGAGCGUUGCUAAAUGGCUGAAAAAGAAUGUGAAGACAAAGAAGACAAAGUUUCUGAGUCACGUUGUCGAGUACUUCACUUCGAGCAAAGCGAUCGAUGGUCUGCUGAAGUCCAAAUUCGCCGAGGGCGAUAAUGCAUUGUUCACCACACGCGAGCAGGUCAUCGAGUUCUUGGACAUUAUGUUGGAGCAUAAGUUUUUCCAUCGCGCCAAAAAGGUGCCCGUUACGCUGGACGAGGUGCGUGGCAAGCUCGAGAAGAAGUCAGAGUCCAGCAAAGUGCUGGACAAGGAAAAGGAUAAAACGGACGCAAGCGGCAAGGGAAAUGUGAAGUCGUCCUCAUCGUCGGACAAAAAGGAUACCGAUUUGGAAGCAGAUGGCGAUGCAGCACAAGCCGGCAGUGCCGCCGCCGUUGAUAAGAAGGAAAAGAAGAAACGUAAAAUUCGACUGGACAUGCAUCCCGAGCAAAUAUUCGUUGACGGGUCGGAGGCAUAUGUGUGGAUCUACGAUCCCAUUCCACUGCACUAUUGGAUCAUUGGCUUCACAUUGCUGCUCGGCGCCAUUGGCAUUUGCCUGUUCCCGUUGUGGCCGCCACAGUUGCGCCAAGGCGUUUACUAUUUGUCCAUUGCAGCAGCGGGCUUCCUCGUCUUCAUAUUGACACUGACCAUUAUUCGUCUGAUUGUGUUCACUAUCGUUUGGGCCUUGACUGGCGGCAAACUGCAUUUCUGGAUCUUUCCGAAUCUGACUGAGGAUGUUGGCUUCUUUGCCUCCUUCUGGCCACUGUAUGAGAGCAAUUAUGUUACUGAUGCAUCUGCAUCCACAUCUGGCUCUAAAUCCGACAAGAAAUCCAAAUCAAAAUCAAAGAAAAAGGACAAGGACAGUGACGGUGAGGAGGAUACGGCUGUCGAUGCAGAUGGUGACGCUGAUGGUGAUGCAGAUGCGGAUUCGUUGCCACUGGAACCCGAGAAAAUUGAGCUAAUCAAAGAGCACGAUGCCGACAUGGAGGUGCGCAAACGUCGCCAAGUUGGCGCCGAUGAGUACGACGAGGAUGAUGAUGAGGCGGCAGAUGGUGAGGGAGCGGAGACCUCACCGCCGCAAGCGGAUACAAUGGCGCAAGCCAAGGAUACCAAAGCUGGCACGCCACGCAACUCGGAAUCGGAUUCGGAGAGCUCGAGCAAAGAUUACGAAAUAAUUAGUUCAAGUGAAGUGCAAAACGUUGCUGGCAACUGAGCGGCGAAAUAAAAUGAAAAACAACAGCAACUCAAACAAAUUCGAAGCUUACUGUAUUUAAAUAAACACAACAUCCAUUGCGAGCUAAUUGAUAAGACAAACUGACAAGAACAACAACAAUUCAUGUUGAUUCCAAACAGAUGAAAUAUGUGUCGGGCUUUUCCGCACAUUACGCAAAUGUCCACAAAUAGAAAUUCAGAUUUAUUUGUAUUUUGAAUCUGUAAAUGAUUUAAUUUUUUUGAUAUUGUGCCUGAAUACACGACAUUUCCUACCAUUAUGCAUAUAUUGAAAUAGCAAAUAUUAUGCGAAGCAUUUCGCUAAAUGCAGUUGCAGUUGCAGUUGGUUUUGUGUUUUGUUUUUAUUUUAUUUUUUUGCUAUAUUUGUUUACUGCUAAGUAAUGGCAAAUGAGUUCUCAAAUUGUUUUUAACUUUAAAUAUUAUACAUUUUAUAGAAAUUUGCGUGCAGCUCAGUGUUUGUUUUUUUUAAUUGAGUGCAAGCAACGAUUGCUAUUGAUAAUAAUGUUUAUGAUGUGCAUGAUUAUGAUUAUACAUAUAUAAAUAUACUUAUGAAUAAAUAUAUACACAUACAAUAUAUUUAAUGUACGAUCAUUUACUUUAAAUGUAAUUAAAGCAAAAAAUAGCAUUGAAAUUAGUAGUGUAAACACCUAAUUAUUAAAUUAAAUAAAGCUAGGCAAUUCUGAUGUGAGAAAUCAUAAA